CUGUCCAGCUUUGAGAAUUGUUUAUGGUAUGCUCUGCAGAACUGCAAGCUGAUAACACGACGUGCUUACAGCUCAAACCUCACGAAUGCUUCUCCUUCUCCUUCUAGUUGUGGCGCAUUGAGACAUGUUAUGCCAGGGUUGAUGCCUAGCAAAUGGAAGCAGCUUGUGGCACGCACCUACGCGGGCUCGGCCCGUUGCCUCGGGUGCAGGGCGGGGGUCUGAGCGGCCCCUCAGGACUGUUCCUGACGUUCUGGCUGCCGUCCGCCGCCCGCUCCAGAUCCAGCCCCAGCCCUGCUGCGGUGCGCACUCCCAAUGAUUCCUGGGACUGCAGGGCCGGUGGCGUGCCACCCGCGCACCGCCCGGGUGCCUCCGGCCCGGCGUACGGCACUUUCAAGCCGCUGCGCGGCACGGCCGGCGCCGCCCCGGCCACCACGGCCGUGCCGCCGGCCAGCCCCCUGGAGGGCGCCUCGGGCCGCCACCGCGCCAGUAUCUGCCGUGGCAGUGAUUCUGGCGUUGUGUGGGCUGCCGCGGCGGCACCUCCAACCGCAUCUGCACGCGCAGUAGCCGCCGCCGCCGCCAGCAGCCGGGGGGCAACUGGCGGCGGUGGCGGCAGUAGCACCAGCAGCAGCACCAGCAGCCGAGCACGUCAUUUGGGGUCGCCGCCGCCCAGCCCUGGCGCUGACAAGGAAUCCACAAACACGGCACAGGGUGGAGGCGGUGCUGUCGCACAGGGGGCGCCGCUUCAGCGGGUGGCUGCGGCUGCACCCGCCAGCCGGGCCGCGCUGCUGCGGCCGGGCUGGUCACCGGCGCUGCGAGCCGCCACCGGCCGAGACCCCUGGCGAUCCCAGCCCCAGCCCCAGCCUCCGGUCCGGCCGUCGCCAGCUGCUGACGGGCCGACACAGGAGGAAGACUGGGACUGGGCGGGCGAUGGCGAAGGGGCAGACGAGCAAACGGGUGGCCAGGACUGGGGCGGGGAGGAUCAUGUGGACGCGGGCGCACACAGCAGUGGUGCUGCCACCAGCAGUAGCAGUGGUGGGGGCACGGCCGAAUCACCUUGGGCAGUAGCUGACAGCGGCUGGCUAGCAGAGCGGAGGCCUCUGCGGCCACUGCGGGCACUGCCGCAGCGGCCGCCCACUGCACCCGGUCUGGAGCAGGCAGCGCUUCAGAGGCUGCAGCAGGAGUGGGCGGGGGGCGCAGGUGGUGGCGGCAGCAGCAGGGCCUUGCAGGCAGGCGGGGGCGCAGAGGCGGAGCGGGAGGAGCAGCAGCUGUUGCAGCAAGUGGUGGCCGCCGCCAGUCCGGAGGAGGUCGUGGCGUGCCUCUCCCCUGCCCUUCCCCCCCUGCCGGCUGCCUCCGCACCGCCCUCGCGGCUGUGCAGCGCCCGGCUGCUGCUGGCGGCGGCGGAGCGGCUGGCGGCGCUGCAGCAGUCCGGGCAGCAGUCCGGGCAGCAGGCGCAGGUGGCACGGCCCGCCGGGUCGGAGCCGCCGCCGGCCCUGGCAGCGCUGUGUGACGCCAUCCUCAGGUCCGCGGCGGCGGGCGGCUUCUCCUGGCCGCAGGUGGAGUGGCAGCAGCAGCAGCAGCAGCGGGAAUGGCCGGCACGUGAAGGCGGCAGCAGCCUUGGCCUCAGCGCUCCACAUGCCGGUGAUGGUGGUGUUGGUGCGGAGGCCUAUGGCCGUGUGGCGGCACUGCUGUGGAGGGGCGCCGAGCUGCAGCUGCAGCUGGGGCCGGGGGCCGGCUCCAACGGAGUCACUGCAGCGGGCACCGGUGUGGGGGCGGCGGCACCACCACCCGGAGUGCGGCACACGACAGCAGCAGCAGCUGCAGCUGCAGUAGCAGCAGGCGACUCAGGGUGGCGGCAGCGGCGGCGGUGCGGUGGGCUGCAUGCGCCCUGGCGGCGCAGCGGCACUGCGGCGGCGUUCUGGCCGCAGCUGCUGACGUGUGCGGUGCGGCAGGCGGGCGCGUCCCUGCAGCCGGCAGAGCUGGCGGACUUGCUCGAGGCCACGGCGGCGGCGGCGUGUCGCGAGCAGGAUGAGGAGGAUGGAGAUGAGCGUGAGGAGGAUGUCGGCAGCAGACAGCGGGACGGCAGUGGCGGCGGCGGCGGCGGCCUGAACCCGCGGGACGGCACCUCACCGCUGCCGCUGCCGCUGCCGCCGGGUGCGCUGGUGGCGGUGGAGGAGCGACUGCUGGCGGUUGGGGUGCACGGCAUUGCCCCCUGUGACGCGGUGCGGCUGCUGGCGGCCCUGGCGGCCCUGCGCCACCCGCCCCGCGCCGCCACCACCCGCCUGCUGACGGCGGCGGCGGGGGCGGGCUUCCGCGGCUGGCGCUGGCGGCCGCCCGCGGAGCUGCAGCAGCGGCUGGUGCUGACAAGGCCGCAGGGGGCGGCAGUGGGGGCGACCGGUUCCGACGAGGCGGCUGUGGAGGCCGCUGCGGCGGAGGCUGGCGAGGCCGCUGCGGAGCCGGUGGCGGAGGCGAUGCAGCUGGGAGAGCGGGAGCUGCGGUCGCUGCUGCGGUCGGUGUGUCGACUGGACGGCGCCUAUGCGGCGGCGGGGGCGGAGGCCUGGCUGGCGGACUGGGCGGCGGCGUACUGGGCCCACCUGCACCCUCGCCCACUGCACUGGGAGGCGCACACGCAGCACACAGGGGCACGCGCACACACGGAGGCAGAGGCAGAGGCAGAGGCGGGGGAGCCCACGGCUGGUGCCGGCGCUGCGGCCAGCGCCGGUGCCGCCGCGGAAGUGCUUUACCUGCUGGCAACACUUCAGUUCGUGCCGCCCUGGGAGGCCUGGGAGGCGGCGGCGCUGGCGGCAGUGCAGCCCCGACUGAUGCCCUGGCUGCGGCUGCUGGCGGCGGCCCGGCCCGGACGGCGGCAGCAGCAGUGGAGGCAGAAGCGGGGACGGCAAGACCGGGCGCCUGCUACCCCUGCUACCCCUGCCACCCCUGCUACUGCUACUGCUACUGCUGUGGAGGCGCAGGUGGCAUUGGACUGUUGGCUGUCGCACUCGCCCAGCCCGGUGCCGCCCCAGCCACGGAGCGAGCAGCACACACACCAGCCGCCACCUCCACAGUCGUCGCCGCCGCCGCCGCAGUCACCGCCGCCACUGCCCCAGCCGCUGGACCCCCUGGCGCUGGUGCAGCUGGCCUGGGCAGUGGGCGCUCACGCCGCCGCCUGCCCCGUGCCGCACCCAGCCCUUCCGCCGCCUGCCGCACCUGCGGUGGAGUCAAGCGAUGGCGGCGGCAGUGGCGGGGGCGGCGCCUCUCCGGUCCAUGCGGCGGGCCUGGCGCCCGGAGACGGCCGCAGCCCCGCCACCGGCGGCCGCCUGACACCGCGGCAGCAGCUGCGGCUGUCCGCCCACCGCCACCGCCUGCGUGUGUUUGGGGCGGCACUGGCGGCGCUAGCGGCCUGGGCGGAGGCGGGGUCAGCGGAGGGCGCUGUGGCGGCAGCGGCGGCGACAGCGGCGGCGGCGUCAGGUACCGGAGGGGCACCGGGUGCCGCCGGCACAGCCGCCAGGCAAGGGGCCCCCGGGAUGGCACACAGGCGCAGUGGCAGCAGUGGUGGUGGGCACACGGCUGGCAUGCCGCCUGUGUCUUCGGCGGGAGGCCGGGGGCCGGUGGACGCACAGGCGGCGGCGUGGGCGGCGUGUGUGCGGGACGUGGCGUGGGGGGCGGCUGCGGCCGGUCUGGAUGCGGGGUGGGUGUGGCCCGCGGCGGCUGGCGCGCGGCUGCAGCUGCAGGCGCACCUGGGGCCUGGAGGCGGCGGUGAUGGCGGCAGCGGGGGUGGUGAGGACAGGCGUGGCGCUGGAGGCCUGGUGGAGUGCAUGCUGGAGACAGCCGCGGCGAGGGGGUGGUUGCUAUGACAUAGUGCUGUUGGUCCAUCAGGGGCUGCUGUGACUAUCGUAUAAUGUGACACGGUGCCGUAGGGAGACGGCACAGAGGUGGAAGGAAUGAGGGGUAGGUACUCAGGAAGGAUGGCCGGGUGUUGCUCCGGCGUGGGGGCAGGCGUGGGGGCACGGUGAAAGUACUGGGGUUCAAUGAGAGUACGAUGGGGGCCCAAAAGAAAGUGGGCCCAGCUUAGCUUAGCUUACAGUCGAUUUUUGUAAUUUUUUGGUCAUUUUUGUUGAUAGCAGCAUCAGGGCCACUGCAGCUGUGGCCACCGAUCGGCACGGUUAGGUGCGUAUGAAUGACUUCAGCACGUGAUGUGGCCGGGGAUGCAACAUUGUAGUAGUAGUAUUGAGGCUGCCGGUGUGGUGUGGCUGUUUUUGGGCUGAGCCCCCCCAGCGAAGCGUUCCAGGGGGGGGGGCGAAGCCCCCCAGGAACACCCCUGUCGUGCGUGCGUGCCGGCGGCGGGGCCAGGCUGAGAGCCUGAACGGCGCUAGCAGGGCGUGGGGCUGAGGGUGCACGUGUUGAUUGGCGGCGAGUGACGUGACUAGUUUGUUAGCUGCGGGUUAGCACGGACUGUGCACCCCACCCAACCGGCCAUGUCCGGAUUUGCGGGGAUGCCAAAGGCCCCCAACAUAGAGGCGUGUGCUUAGUAGGCGCCCGCGUCAAGGUGGCUGGGUUGAUAACGACCCGGGAUCAGCCCUUUUCCUGCCUCCCUAAGGCAGCCACCUCCUUGUUGUUGAUAGAGCGUACUGCACAAUGCGUCCACAGUCUGAGCAAG